GUCUAUAGUUGAAAGGAGGGCUUUAUCAUCAGCUCAGGACAGGAAAAACCUAAGUAUAAGGAAGGUGGCUAAUAUGAUCACUGAUGUCAUUAACUAUGUUGUCUAAUCAUUCCAGUUUCUACCUCCCUUUAGUCUCAAAAGUAAAAAAAAAAAGUCUUACUUGCAAGAAAAAAAGAAGUCACCUUGCCUAGAAAGGAAGUUUGAAUGUUGUACUUUACUGUAAACUCUUAGAAGAGGAAAUAAAAUUGCCAUUUAAAUAUGUUAAUGAACUUUGGCAUGACUUGCUAUAUGAAUCAGCGAGUUUCAAAAUUAAAAUUACUUUUGAAUCUUCAGGUCAAAAAGCAAAGGCCUCCUCUUCGAUUUGAUUACUUUGAACACCUAUACCAUUAACCUUUAAAAAAAAUCCCUUAUAAAUUACACCUGGAAUAUGAUGAAAUGUGAAAUGAAAUACCGUGAUGAACAUUAAUCGGUUCAACAGAGGACAAGUCUGUCCUCUCAGGUAAUCUUCACAAAAACUGGAGAACUGUCAGUCCCACCCGUCGAAAGCUGCCACUGAAACCCUGACUGUCCUCAGAUCCCGGCCUUGCCGCGUUCACGACGGCGGGGAUUUCCGUGUCGGUGACACACGCCACUUCCGGCCGACGGUGAGAGUCAGUGACGUGGCAGGAGAGGCCGAGCACGGUCCUUCGGGCCGGGACACCCGGAGCUGUCAGGUGGCUUCAGGGCAGCCCCGCCAGGAGAGAAGAACUCACCGACUGCGGCUGCCGCAGCGAGGCCGGAGCCGGAAGUGCCACGUGUCCCGAUUGCGCCUGCGCGCCCAGCGGCUGACAGGCAGUUCCGGUCGGGGCCUCCCUCAGUCUCUCUCCGCUUGGCUGCUGCUUUACAACCCGGCGUUCGCGGCCCCACCGGCCCGACACGCAAGCCUCGGCACCCAGGCCAAGCUCUGACCGCCGGCGGAAUGGGGAGAGUGCGGCGCCAUGCGUAGGGCUCCCUGCGCCGCCCUCUCUCUAUCCGGCUUUCAGUCCUAAGUCGUUAGCCCCAUCUCUGGCUUCCAGCCGUCGUUUUUCAACUUUCGGCUUGGGGCUGUCGCAGACCCCGACCAGACCCCUAUAAACGUCGUCGUCAUGUCCCAGCCCGGGAUACCCGCCUCUGGCGGCGCCUCCACCGGCCUCCAGGCCCAGAAUGGGGCCGCCUCGGCGUCGGCGUCUCCCUACACCAACGGUCCUGUCCAGAAUGCCCUCCUGUCUUCACAAGUGUCAGUGAGCCAAGGGUAUAAUUCUCAGCUUACAGGAUCCUACCCUCAUCUAAUACCAGCAAAGACCUUGAAUCCAGUCUCCGGACAGUCUAACUCUGGUAGUUCCCAGACUGUUUCUCCGUUAAGUAAUUAUCAGAGACAUGGACAAGCUCUCUAUGGACCACCUGUGGCUUCUCAUCCAGUGACACCUUCACUCCAUAGUGGUCCUAGUCCCCAAAUGCCACUACCUACUUCUCAGAACCCAGCUGCUACACCAAUGCCUUCUGGUAGCUUUCCUCCUGGAGCCAGCGUACCAUCACCUUCGAAUUGGCAGUAUAACUAUUUGUCACAGACAAACCAUUGUCCUCGUGCGUCAUCCCAACCAACCAUGACUGGGAAUACAAAUUUGAUGAGUCCUCAAUAUGUUUCUUCUGGAGAUACUUCACUUCAAAACAACGUCAUAAAAUCAGGGUCUGCACUGCCCUUAGCAAAUCCACCUCUGCCUACCACUUUUCAGCCAGGAGCUCCUCUUGGCCCCCCUCCAACUGGAGGACCACCUCCAGUGAGGGCCCUUACUCCUCGGAAAUUGACACCUAGAACUGUGCCCCAGCCCUCAUUUAAUUCAACUAGCAACCAAGAAGGUAUUAUAUCAAAUACCAAUAAUGGAUCUAUGGUGGUUCACAAUAGUUAUGAUGAGAUUGAAGGCGGUGGCUUCUUGGCAACAUCACAGCCUACUAAUAAGAAUCCCACAAUGAGCCGAAGUGUUGGAUAUUCAUAUCCCUCUUUACCACCUGGUUAUCAGAACACAACACCACCUAGUACAACAGGAACAGGAAUACCACCCUCUUCCUUGAAUUACGCAAGUGGUCCACAGGCUUUUACUCAGACUCCUUUAGGUGCUAAUCAUUUAACUGCAAGUAUGAGUGGAUUAAGCCUACAUCCAGAGGGGCUAAGAGUUAUCAAUCUUCUUCAAGAGAGAAACAUGCUUCCAUCGACACCUUUGCAGCCUCCAGUUCCAAAUUUGCAUGAAGAUAUCCAGAAACUGAACUGUAACCCAGAGUUAUUUCGCUGCACACUGACUAGCAUUCCUCAGACUCAGGCCUUACUGAAUAAAGCCAAACUUCCUCUGGGACUGCUGCUUCAUCCUUUUAAAGACCUAGUGCAAUUGCCUGUGGUUACCUCUAGUACAAUUGUGAGAUGCCGUUCAUGCAGGACAUACAUCAACCCUUUUGUCAGCUUUCUUGAUCAAAGGAGAUGGAAGUGUAACUUAUGUUACCGAAUUAAUGAUGUUCCUGAAGAAUUCAUGUACAACCCUUUGACCAGAGUCUAUGGAGAACCUCACAGAAGACCUGAAGUUCAAAAUGCUACAAUUGAGUUUAUGGCUCCUUCAGAAUACAUGUUACGACCACCUCAGCCUCCAGUGUACCUCUUUGUUUUUGAUGUGUCUCACAAUGCAGUUGAAACUGGAUACUUGAAUUCAGUUUGCCAGAGUUUGUUAGACAAUCUGGAUUUGCUUCCUGGCAACACCAGGACAAAAAUUGGCUUCAUAACAUUUGAUAGUACAAUCCACUUCUACAGUCUUCAAGAAGGUCUCUCUCAACCUCAGAUGCUAAUAGUUUCAGAUAUUGAAGAUGUUUUUAUACCUAUGCCGGAGAACUUAUUAGUAAAUUUAAAUGAAAGUAAAGAGCUCGUCCAAGAUUUACUGAAAACUUUGCCGCAAAUGUUCACCAAGACCUUGGAGACUCAGAGUGCCUUGGGUCCAGCUCUUCAGGCUGCCUUUAAGUUGAUGUCCCCAACUGGUGGUCGCAUGUCUGUUUUUCAAACACAACUCCCUACUCUUGGAGUGGGAGCCCUGAAACCUCGAGAGGAACCCAACCAAAGAUCAUCUGCUAAGGAAAUUCACUUGACACCAUCAACUGACUUCUAUAAGAAAUUAGCCUUGGACUGUUCUGGUCAGCAGGUAGCUGUUGACUUAUUCCUUCUCAGUGGACAGUAUUCUGAUUUGGCUUCUCUGGGUUGUAUUUCUCGGUAUUCAGCAGGUAGUGUCUAUUAUUAUCCCUCUUACCACCAUCAACACAACCCAGUCCAAGUACAGAAAUUGCAGAAGGAACUACAGAGGUACCUCACUCGGAAGAUUGGCUUUGAGGCAGUCAUGAGGAUUCGGUGUACCAAAGGUCUUUCCAUUCAUACUUUCCAUGGGAACUUCUUUGUUCGGUCAACAGACUUACUGUCUUUGCCCAAUGUAAACCCAGAUGCUGGCUAUGCAGUACAGAUGUCAGUGGAAGAGAGUCUUACUGACACUCAGUUGGUAUCCUUUCAGUCAGCACUCUUGUAUACAUCCAGCAAAGGUGAAAGAAGAAUUCGUGUUCAUACUCUGUGUUUGCCGGUAGUUUCAACUUUAAAUGAAGUCUUUCUUGGAGCUGAUGUUCAAGCAAUUUCAGGGUUAUUGGCCAAUAUGGCUGUUGACAGGUCUGUGACUGCCAGUCUGAGUGAUGCUCGAGAUGCCCUAGUGAAUGCCGUCAUAGACUCCCUUUCAGCUUAUCGUUCUUCAGCCCUAAGUAACCAGCAGCCUGGACUCAUGGUUCCUUUCUCUCUUCGGCUUUUCCCACUGUUUGUGCUGGCUCUCCUUAAACAGAAAUCAUUUCAGACUGGGACAAAUGCACGUUUAGAUGAACGCAUUUUUGCUAUGUGUCAAGUGAAAAAUCAGCCCUUGGUUUACCUUAUGCUCACAACUCAUCCCAAUUUGUAUAGAGUUGACAAUCUCUCAGAUGAGGGAGCAAUCAGCAUCAGUGAUCGCACUAUACCUCAGCCGCCUCUUCUUCAGCUUUCAGUGGAGAAGCUCAGCAGGGAUGGGGCCUUUCUCAUGGAUGCAGGUUCUGUACUAAUGCUUUGGGUUGGAAGAAAUUGUGGACAGAAUUUUCUCAGCCAAGUUCUAGGAGUUGAAAACUAUGCAUUAAUUCCACAGACCAUGACAGACCUUCCAGAACUUGAUACACCAGAAUCUGCCAGAACAAUAGCUUUCAUCUCUUGGCUUAGAGAGCAGAGACCAUUUUACCCAAUACUUUAUGUAAUAAGGGAUGAGAGUCCAAUGAAAGCAAACUUCCUUCAAAACAUGGUAGAAGACAGAACAGAAUCUGCAUUAUCAUAUUAUGAAUUCCUCUUGCAUAUACAACAGCAAGUGAAUAAAUGAACAAAUGAAGAUACUCGACUUAAUAAUUUCAAAGGAAAGUCACAAUAACACAGAACACCUGAGAAUGUGUAAUACCUUCCUUUCCUAUUAGGUUUGUGGACUAAUGUGAUGAUUAUAUGUUCUCACUGUGAUUUCAACAAAUUGUAGCAAAUAAAGGAACACAGCGGAGAAUCAAACAUGCAACUCUGAAAUACUGUAUUUUUCAAAUCAAAAUAUAUCUGCAUAUGAUUGAUCACACAAAUUAUCUUUUUUCUUUGCUGCCAAUUAUGUUUGAGUUGUUAUGGAUUGAAAUAAGACAGUAUUGCAGAGGCAAAGUACAUUUUGUAAAAUAAAGACUUCUGUGUUCCAAAUGUAUAUUUCUCAUUUUUUUCUGAAUUUUUGGCUGCUACAUUUAAAACCUCACAAGAUUAAAUGUUGUGGGGAAGUUACAAAUCCAUUGAUAAUGAUCUUUUUAAAAUAAAAAGAUUUUUGAAGUAAAUAAUAUGUUGGAAAACUAGUAUCCAUCCCCCAGAGUUUUGCUUUUUUUUUUAAAAGGAAGAAAAAGGAUCAUCAUGUUAACUAAAACUAGAGUAAAUUAACUCUAGUCUAGCUUGAGAAGAAUAUGAAGUGAUACAGUCAAGCUUUGUCAGUAUUCUCUAUACUUGAAGAACAAAGUCACUGAUUUAGAGUGAAAACUCUAAGUGGUUUUCUGAUUCGACUGCAGAAGACUUGCUUGGACACACUAUCUUACUCUGCAGUGAAAAAAAUCUGAGCUGUCUUCAUAAAUAUGCUGGGACUGGCAAUAAUAGGGAGAUGAGAAACUUAGUUAUCUUGAUCCUUUAAGUGGGUUUUAUUUGGUACAUUUCUGCUCUGUGAUGUAUAAUAUAAAGGCAUUAUAUUGGUGAAAUGAGUAUGAAUGAAAGAAAUUAAAGAUUUCUUAAAUGCUGUCUCAAAUCCAUCAGUAACAUUUUCUAAGGAGUUUAAUAAUUAAAUUGGAAGUUGCUCAUAAGAUUCAUUCUUAACAUUAAAACUUAGUAAAGCAUGAAUGCCGCUGUUUGGUUUAGUGGUUAUUAAGAUCACACAAGUCUGAUAUAUGGAGGUUAUAAAAGAAACUUGAUUUCUGAACAUGCUCAAGAUACUGCUUUUUGAUUUGGCCAGAGAAAUAUCAUAGUAAAAACUAUUAAGUGACUUUUUUUUACAAAUAGGUAAAUUAUACAUCUGUAUAUUUAAGGUGGUGUGAUAGAAUAUCUUUAAAAAAGAGUUUGGUCCAGUUUUCACAGAUUCAUCUUGUCUUGUAUGAACUUCUUGAAGUAAAAGUUGUUCAUGAGUAGUACUUGAUGAAAAGAUUUUUGUUUCUUUGUUUUAAUGGAUUAGAAAAAUGUGUUUACAAUCUUGAUCUUAUAUGAUCACCAAUGAAAUAGUAACUUUCAGGUUUACAUCAAUAUGAGCUGACUUUAACUGAAUUGUUUUGGGGUAGGGAAGAAAUAGGUCCCACUAGAGUAUAUACUACUGCUUGCCAGCCAGAUCAGAAUAAUUGUGUUCUAUAAAAAUAUUAUCUCCCUUAAGCAGUGUUAAGGUUUAUUUUCAGUAUGGAAGUGAUACAUUGAAUUGGAAAUUUUCUUGAAAGCUGCUUCCUUUAUUAGAAAGCAAUUUUCAAAUUGUAGCUAAUUAGAAUACAUUUCUAUUUUCCCCUCUUCUAAAGAAACUGAGAGUCAUUAUUAUGCACUGAUGUUUCUUAAAAUAACUAAAAUUCUGUUCAUAAUGUGAAUUUUAAAUGUUGAUAUUGUAGGUCCUUUUUUAAUAGUAGUAAUGAAUCUUCUAGAGGGGAAAGUUUGUGCUCCUAGGGACAGUAAUCUUCCUUGUGCCUCACUUUCAUCCCUAAGUGGGUAUGACUCUUGUUAUUACCACAUGCUUUGUUGGUAUAUUUCACAAAUUUACUUUAAAAAAUUAUUUUAGAUAUUGCAUAACAUGUGCAAUCCAGAAUAAUUUUAUAAUAGCCAGGUCAUAAAAAACAUAACUUUAGUAAGAAUUCACAAUAUUUGUUCUCCCAGUAAUGAGGGAAUGAAUGAAUCUUUUGGAGAUAUUGAUAUUAAGCAAUUAUUUUUUGCAAUAUUGAAUGUGUUUUUUAGUUUAGUUUUUUUUUUUUUAAGUAGGGCACUACCUGCUAUCUCAUCUUGUAUUACUUUUUGAUGUAAAGCAACUAAUAUUUACACUAUGCCAUAUUUUUUUUAUUGUAGUUGUAAAUUAUGAAAGAUCCUUGAAUUUUCUACAGAUCUACAACUACUAAAGUAAUUGACAAGGGCAAUCUUGGUAUUUAAAUCUGAGUGGCAGUUCUACCAUAAAAAGUACUCUAUUUUUCUAAUUUCUAGGAUUUUUAAAAUAACAUUUCUGUAAGUCUGGCACAUUAAUAUUCACUCAAGCUGUACCAUUUAUUUUAGUUUGCCUAUAUUUCAUUGUUUUAAUUUAAUGUAAUGUAUUGAAUCUAAUAGACUGUUUUACAAUAAUUAGGAUAAAAGAUUUUUCUUCUAAUCAAAGAUGCAUAACAGCUGUUAUCUAGGGGACCACCAAAUGUGAUUUCAGGAUUUUAUUAACUAUUACAAGUAUAAUCCUUAUGUAGAAAUUUUAAUUUUGUAAAGUAGUGUAUAAUAUUGUAACAUUAAAUUCUUGUUUUCAAAUUCAAAUAUGUAUUGAUCUUCAAUGUGCUGUGUUAUAUCUUGCUUCUCUGAAAUGUUAGAGACAAGAUGUCUUCCUUUUUACAGUUUGUAAUUCUCACUGUUUUUUUCCUGUAAAAAAAAAAAAGUCAUUUGUAACCCAUGCAAAUAAUCGUUUGAACUGUGCUAACUUAUCGAUUUGGCUAUUCAAUAAAGUUAAUUGAAAGAACUUCA